UAAUUCAUAACCUCAAAUUUUCAUUGUAAUCAAAUGAAAAAUAAGUGAUUUCUGUUUUUGUAUAAUCUGAAUUCAAUGCACUGAAUGUUGAAGUGUAAAAUUAAUAUAAUAAAUAAUAUAGUUUGAUAGAUUAAUUAAUAAUAUGCUCUUUGUAUGACUGAAUCUACAAGACGCAACACAAAAUGAAAAAAAUAAACAUGAGAAAUCUUCGUAUUUCGCUUAAGUACAGACCAGAAGUAUUGAAACUAAUUUUUAAAAUGAGACUAUGCAUUCAUAGAAAAAAUACUAUGAUCAAGAAACUGAAAACGGAUCUUAAAGGAAUGAAAGUAACACAUAAUAAAGAAAAUGUAGCAAAAGAUGAAAUAUGCAUAGAUAAUCACAGCUCCGCAAAACUAGUUGAUAAUCAAACAAGCAUUAAAAAUACUACAGACUCGUCAACACAAACCGAAAACUUAGCUGAGGUGAAAGACUCAGCUGAACCAAAAAAGGAAUCAAAUAAUGUAGAAAUAAAGACUGAUUCAGAAAAAACAGGAUGGGAUUUAAAGAAUGACAGUGGUGAGAAGAGCAUAGCAGAGCAGGUUAAAGAGGUGGCACAGAGUGCUCUGCAGCAGACUGGCAUGGUGUAUGUGGAGUCAGCAGGAAUGUACUAUGACUAUAAGACUGGGUAUUAUUAUAACUCUGAACUGGGGCUAUAUUAUCACACAGACACUGGAUGCUACUACUACUAUUCUGAUGAGAAGCAGUCAUUUGUAUUCCACUCGUACCCUGACAGAAGUGCUGAAAAUCCAGCUCUAGCUGCUCAUGAGAAGAAAAAAGCUAAAAAACAUAAAAAGGAACAGAAAAAAGAAGUAGAUAUUGACAACCUGACGAAAAACAUGUCUCAGGGAGAAGAUGAGAAACCAAGCAAGCCCAAAAGGAAAAAAGUAUUGAAGAAGAAAAUAGCAAAGAAACCAAAAACAAAUGUCGAAAAUAUAGAGAACAAUGAUCAAGCUGAAGAAACUGAUAGGGAACUGAAUAAGACAAAAGAAACAUCAGAUAGUAAGAUAGAAGAAAGUAAUGAAAAAGGACUUGAUGAAGAUAAAGAGAAGAAUGUUGUGGAUCCAGAGCUAGAAGAUGGUGAAUGCAGUGAAACAGAGAGUGAAGCAUCCAGUGAUGAAACUAAUAAGUCCAAAGCUAGCACAUCCACAGAUAGUGAUGAUGAAUCAGUUGCCAAACAUCAUCCGCCGUCGAUGCGGGUGAUCGUUCGAGAGACGAACCUAACUAAGCUGAAGGUGGGAAAUCUAUUUCUGAUAACGAAAGAUGGCGGCACUAUCGGCAGAGAGGGCGACCAGCAUGUCAUUAUUAUCAACGACCAUGCCGUAUCUAGGAAUCACUUGGACAUAAAAUACGAUAUGGCAAGGGGAACAUACUUAGCAACCGACUUGGGAUCGAAGAACGGGACUGUGCUGAACGGCAUUCGAAUGUCAGAGAGCCAAGAUAUUAGCGUGCCUAUGGAGGUAAUGCACGGCAGCACAAUACAACUGGGAGAGACAAAGUUGUUGUGUCACAUCCACCCGGGGAAUGAUACGUGUGGCCACUGCGAACCGGGACUCAUCAUGGAAACGCAAGAGAAACAAAAAGUAGCGUAUACACGCACGUGCAACGUUCAGAAGCAGCAUCAGUUGGAGUUGGCGCGGCUGAAGAACAAGUACGCGCCCAAGCAGUUGUCGAUCGACUCGGUCGCGUACAACGACAGGGCGCAGGCGCGGCGCCACGCCGUCGGCUCCUCGCACCACGCCGAGAAGACGCACAGCAGCGAUCUCGACACGUUUAUACCAGCCGAGAACAAAGGCUUCAAACUUUUGGAGAAAAUGGGCUGGUCGAAGGGCGAAGGGCUCGGCAAGGACAACCAAGGAGACACAGAACCGAUACCACUAGUCAGCAAUGAAGGAACCUCCGGUCUUGGUUCUUCGGGAGGAGGUGCACCUAAACCUCUCCCCAUGAACAGAGUAACCAACACUCUAGGACCAGCCACUCUAAGACUAGCUUCGAAGACUAAAAUGCUGAACAAACCAGCCAAAGCAUUCCAAGACCAACUAGAUGAUGAAGAAUUAGAAUAAUUGGUAUUCAUGUAUACAUCUAUUUAUUAUAAUUGAAUGCAUUUGAAUUAAUUCGAUAUUCUACGAUUAAAACCAUUGGUGGAAUUAAUUAAAUUAACGAUUCUCGAUGCCACACAAACAAAAUGAUUAACACAGGAAUGUGAAUGUUUAAUGUAAAAUAAACUAUUUCUACGGUAUGUUGUAAAUAAAUAUUUCUGACCGGCUCUGUUGUGUAUAGUUUAAAAGCCGGGACUGUACUUAUUUAUUAUUUGAAUAAAAAUAAGUUACCGCUGA